CGCCGCCACCAAAACCUACUCUGAAUGACAAAUUCCAACAUCGUGCUCUCAAGCGAUUUCGGGAGAUAGAGCCUUCUUUUAACGCCCGCCCCAAGAAUGAGAAUAUAACGAGAGCCCGGUUUCAGUGGAGAAGCCAAGCACUCGGUAACCCAUGCAGUGACCCCCACCCCCCAGUCUGAUUAGAAUGAUCCACCCGACGAGGUGGAUUCUGAGCCGUCAAUAUCUUUCAGCUGGUCUCACUUCUCGUCGUUCCUGACCUGUCAGAAUAGGUGCGGCUUAUAUUCAGACAAGGGACCCGGCGGCUAUAUAGGAGAUAGGGCGAAAAUGGCAAAAAUGGUCUAGUCUCGAAGAUCUAGGGCUGUACAUAUAUAUGUGGGAUGUUGGUCUCUUCUCUACAUUUUUGACUGUUUCUGCCUUUUCUUCACUCGUGAAAUGAUGCUCCAGCGGGUAGUCUUUUGUGGGGGACUCCUCCUCAACGUCCAAUAUGCCAGUGCCGCGGCGACUUGGAAGACCCCAACGACGGGCGCCGAUUUGAAGGCCAACACGCAAGACUCAGUGUGGUUGGAUUGGACAUCAACCUAUACUGCUCCAAUCUUGCGGAUGUUGUGCAAGGACGAAGCAAACGGAGGCAAUCUCGUUACAGUUAGCCACUUCGAAGUUGACACCAAUGGACCCUUCGAAUAUAUCAUGGAUUCUUUCCUUGAGCCAAACAAGAUGAAGUAUCCCCUUGCUUGUCAUGCCCAACUGGCAAAGGAUGAGGCGGACACAGCCGGGCUUGAUUGCCCAGUUGGAAUAGUCUGGUCAUACGACGCAAGUAAAGCCAUGAAGACGGUUUCGGCGAUUCAAGCAGCAGCGGCUCCUACCACCGCGAAGUCAGAGGUGGCUUCAACUCCAACUCCAACUCCAGACCCGGUCGGCAGUGCUUCCACCACCGGCUCGCCAUCAAAGUCUACCACUCCCCCAUCGAGCACGGAUCAAUCCACCGACUCCUCUUCCUCACAAUCCACAACCAAUCCAACAUCGAGCAGCACGGAUCAACCCAGCACACCUUCAAAGGGCUCCUCAGCAAGUGACUCCAACACCUCAACAGCCCCCGUAGCAACCACAUCCUCCAGCUCCAACAACACCGGCGCCAUAGUCGGCGGCGUCGUCGGCGGCAUCGCCGUCCUCGCCUUCAUCGUCUUCGGUCUCCUCUUCCUGCGAAGACAGAAGCGCAAUCGCACGUCCUUUACGCCCGUUACCAAUAACGAAUCGUCGAUUUGGAAUUUCUACUUCUUCAACGCCCAGAAGAGACGGGAACAGAAGAUGGCUGCCGGGCCUGUGUAUGAGAAGGAGGGUGGUGGUAUGGCGCGUGAGUUGGAGGCGAAUGCGGCGGGUGGGAAGGGAAAUCAUGCGGUGCCUUAUGAUCCUGUUGAGUUGCCGGUUGGAUCGAAUCAAUAUCCAUAAGUUUUUGAUGGGAAGGGAGUUGAAGGUGACUUAGUAUGUUUGUAAUAUAUUUAUUUAACGAUAUAACAUGACCUGUAAGGUAUAUAAAUUGACAGACCUGGCCAUA